GUCGAGUCCUUAUCAGUACAAGGAGACGCGUCUUCCGUGCACCUUAGCUAGACAGUUCACUGGAUCUUCGAUAUAAUCGCGCUGGACAUACAAUAUGGACGAUCAGGACAAUAACAGUGGGCAUGAUAAUGUGCCAAAUACCGGCUCUGUUGGUCAAUUUUCAUUUGCCCCUGCUACCCGAACUACCGUUGUGACUACUACGACUACUACAACUACGACUUUCCCUCCGUUAUUUAUAAAGCCACCCCGCGCAACGCGAGAACUUGACCCUAAAUUGUACCCUCUAGCAUCAUCUCCCACUCCUUCGUCGCUGAGAAAUAUUAAAUUUGAGAUCGGGGGUCAUUCCGUCGUGUUCAAUGAACCAGAUGAUACUACAAGCGCUGUCAAUGAGUUGAGGGAAAAGGACGAUGCGUUGAGAGCGUCCAACGGUCUAGUUCGAUCUGUGACUUCAAUUUGUUCUGGUGAUACUCAACUUCCCCGUCGGUUUGCUCCUCCUAAAGGGCCUAGUCAACUGUCCAGUCAGCAGUCGAGCUCCAAGCAACGUCGUGCGCUAGCAGUCUCAGAAACUCGUCAGGGUUCUUUGCGACCGUAUCCUGCCAGAGUUCCAUCAGAACAUUCGAUUCGCUCGACCCGUUCACAUGGCUCUACACCAACGCAUCCUGUGGUGGCUGGUUUGGCGACGCCUGAAACGGAAAGCAACAAUUAUAGUGCUGGCGAAAGUGUGCUACCUAGGAGGAGAAUUCACAGUGCGAAUGCCUCUCGCAGGGAAACGCUGCUACGCUCACCUUUGUCUUCCGGAGUCGAAUCCCAGGAGGGCUCCAGAGCUCCCAGUACCAGAAAAGACCAACCUGAAUCGACUGUUGUUCUUGAAAGGAGUAGGCGCUUGGCUCGUCCAGAGGGUGAUCCAGGCAGGCUAGCCAUCCCGCAGGAACUAGAGGCAGGCGGCGGACCAGAAGACGAAACGGGAACUUCGACGAGCCAAGAUACUGUAUAUGAAACGUCUCAGGAAGCUCCCCAACAAAGUUCUCUGGAGUCGACAUCACAAUUCACAACUGUUGGUGGCGUGACUGUUCAAGACAUGUGCCUACCAAGCCCUAGCUUGUCUCCCGUGGCUGCGAUGAAUGCAAUGAAUGUCGACUCUUCCUUUGAUUCGGCUGAGGACCCCGAAGCUGAUACAGAUUCUAGCUUUGACAACAACGAUCAUCGCAUUGUGAGCUCUUUACGUGCAGAGGACCCUAAGACCACUGCACCGCACCGUUCCAGGCCUAACAUUUUACCCACGGGUUCUGAUACACUACGGCCGACAUCGUUGAUGGAUAUCCCCAGUGUUUUAGACUUCUUUGACUCGGUUCCCGAAGGGCUGAAGACCUACCUCAUGUACCAGUUGCUGAGGCGGUGUCCGAAGCCAACUUUGCAUUUCGUUGCUGAUGUCGUUAAUCCGGCCUUAAAAUGCGAUUUCCUGGCUCUUCUGCCCCUUGAACUAACCCUAAAUAUUGUGAAGUACUUUGAUGCCCAGACCAUGUGUCGUGCUGCACAAGUUUCUAAGAAAUGGAGGCACAUUAUCAAUUCCGAUGAAAAGAGUUGGAAGGAACUUUUCGAUAGAGAGGGAUAUGUUCUCCCAGAAGGAGAGCUGGAGCGUGCGAUCAAGGAAGGGUGGGGUUGGCAGUUUCCAAACGGGGUCGAAGAUUACGAGAAGGACUUAAGUGUGUCGUCUCCUGUAAUUAAACCUGAUCCCGAGUCCGGUUCUCCUUCUAUGCAACCGCUACCAGGACCUAGUGAUAGGCCUUCGUCUGCGCAUCGCCGCCCGAAGAGAAAAGCAUGCACACGUGUCUCAAGCCGUAAGCUUGCAAAACGAAAAAUAUCAUCCAGCGGGACCGAUAAUUCCGAAUCUUCUGAUUGGAGAAAGUCAGUCACUGCGGCAGAAGGGCCCUAUGCUGCCGCGAACGCUGCAGCUGCAGCUGUUCCAUAUCCAGAUAUUGGCUUACCGUCCCUGCGAGGGUUGCAUCUUUACAAAUCUCUCUAUCAGCGGCAUCACUCAAUUCAUAAUGGUUGGAUGAAGCCCAAUGUGAAGCCACGCCACAUCGCUUUUCGCGCUCAUGACCGUCAUGUUGUCACUUGUCUUCAGUUUGAUACGGAUAAGGUUUUGACUGGUAGUGACGAUACCAACAUCAAUGUUUACGACACUAGGACAGGGGCUCUGAGGGCGACGCUUGAGGGACAUGAGGGUGGUGUUUGGGCUCUCGAGUACUACGGCAAUACUCUGGUUUCUGGUUCGACCGAUAGAUCAGUGAGAGUCUGGGAUAUCGAAAGGGCGAGGUGUACUCAGAUUUUUCACGGUCAUACGUCCACAGUACGAUGUUUACAAAUUGUUCUACCGGUAGAAGUGGGGAAAAAGGCAGACGGCACCCCUGAGAUGAUGCCGAAGGAGCCCUUGAUCAUCACUGGCUCACGAGACUCAAACCUUAGAAUUUGGAAGCUUCCCAAACCGGGUGAUCCUGUCUACUACCAAACCGGACCACAUGUCGAUGAUACUGACUGCCCUUACUUUGUCCGCGCUCUUACAGGGCAUCAGCACUCCGUCCGCACGAUCGCUGCGCACGGUGAUACCCUAGUUAGCGGAAGCUAUGAUUGCACGGUGAGAGUCUGGAAGAUAUCCACCGGAGAAGCUCUUCACCGACUCCAAGGCCAUUCCUUGAAAGUGUACAGCGUGGUACUAGACCACAAAAGAAACCGUUGUAUUAGUGGCUCCAUGGACAACAUGGUGAAAGUGUGGUCCCUCGAAACCGGAUCUAUCUUGUACAACCUUGAAGGCCACUCUUCCCUGGUUGGGCUGCUUGACCUGAAGUGUGAUCGACUGGUCUCAGCAGCCGCAGAUUCGACUCUGAGAAUUUGGGAUCCAGAAACUGGUCAAUGUAAAAAUAUGCUGAGCGCUCAUACAGGUGCGAUCACAUGUUUUCAGCAUGAUGGCCAGAAGGUUAUCUCAGGAUCUGAUAGAACAUUGAAAAUGUGGGAUGUACGGACUGGAGAGUGCGUGCGAGAUCUUCUCACCGACCUUAGCGGGGUAUGGCAGGUCAAAUUCAAUGACCGGAAAUGUGUGGCUGCGGUGCAGCGUGAUAGUUUGACUUAUAUCGAGGUUCUCGACUUUGGUGCUUCUCGCGACGGGGUACCAGAAGAUCAGCUAGGCAGACGUAUAGUUGUUGAUCGCUGGGGCCAGGAAGUCAGCGAUGCCGACGAAGACUAUGAUCUGUCUGAUGCCUGAUACUAUCGCAGCAGCCGGAGUUCGCUCUCGUUUCACCGCUUGGUAGGGCCCUGUAUACCGCGCAUGGCCCUGCGUUGAUUAAUAUCAUCACCAACGGUGUUUUCUUU